CGUCGCCCAGCUUGCGGGAGGCUGUCGGUGAGCCGAUGCAGGCGGCGCGGCACGUCGUGGUCGCCCUGUCCGGCGGGGUGGACAGCGCCGUGGCCGCGCUGCUGCUGAGGCGGAGAGGCUACCAAGUGACGGGGGUGUUCAUGAAGAACUGGGACUCACUGGAUGAACACGGAGUGUGCACUGCCGACAGGGACUGUGAAGAUGCUUACAGAGUUUGCCGGAUCCUCGACAUCCCUUUCCACCAAGUGUCCUAUGUGAAGGAGUACUGGAAUGAUGUGUUCAGUGACUUUUUAAGUGAAUAUGAGAAAGGAAGGACUCCUAAUCCUGACAUAGUCUGCAACAAGCACAUCAAAUUCAGUUGUUUUUUCCAUUAUGCUGUGGAUAAUCUCGGAGCAGACGCAGUUGCCACGGGCCACUACGCCAGGACCUCACUGGAAGACGAGGAAGUCUUUCAGCAGAAGCACAUUAGGAGGCCAGAAGGGCUUUUCAGAAACCGCUUUGAAGUCAGGAAUGCGGUUAAACUUCUUCAAGCAGCUGACAGCUUUAAAGACCAGACCUUCUUUCUCAGCCAGGUUUCCCAAGAUGCCCUGAGGAGAACCCUCUUCCCUCUGGGGGGGCUAACGAAAGAUUUUGUCAAGAAAAUAGCUGCUGAGAAUAGACUCCAUCACGUGCUUCAGAAGAAGGAGAGCAUGGGCAUCUGUUUCGUUGGUAAAAGAAAUUUUGAAAACUUCAUUCUUCAGUAUUUACAGCCCCGGCCUGGUAAAUUCAUUUCCAUAGAAGACAAUAAAGUUCUGGGAACACACAAAGGUUGGUUCCUGUAUACUUUGGGCCAGAGAGCCAAGAUAGGCGGCUUACGGGAGCCCUGGUACGUGGUGGAGAAGGACGGCACCAAGGGCGACGUGUUUGUGGCCCCCCGGACAGACCACCCGGCUCUGUACAGGGACCUGCUGCGGACCAACCGCGUGCACUGGAUCGCAGAGGAGCCGCCGGCAGCCCUGGUCCGGGACAAGAUGAUGGAGUGCCACUUCCGGUUCCGCCACCAGAUGGCGCUAGUGCCCUGUGUGCUGACCCUCAACCAAGACGGCACCGUGUGGGUGACAGCUGUGCGGGCUGUGCGGGCCCUGGCCCCGGGACAGUUUGCCGUCUUCUAUAAAGGGGAGGAGUGUCUGGGCAGCGGGAAAAUCCUGCGCUUGGGGCCAUCUGCCUACAUACUCCAGAAGGGCAAGAGCAAGUCCAGAGUGGCCAUCGAGGGCCCCAGCGACAGCCCCAGCGAUGGCCCAGGGCUGGGCCCCGUGCUCUGAAGGAGGCUGCACAGCUGCUGCGUGCCCGGGAGCAGCCACGCAGGAGCAGAGCCCAGUGUGGAGCUGUCCGGGGGAGCGUGGCUGAGCCUGCUGCCCGUAGCCAGGCUGGCCUCACAGUGCCAGGCGAGCCCCAGAAAGGCUUGUCCUGUCUUCCCCAAGUUGGUGCUCUAGCCAGAAGGAUUUGCCGCCUAGUGGGUGGGUCCCGAGUACCCGGUGUGUAGAGUUGCUCUUCUGGGCCCCAGGGAAGGUCUCCCACCCGCAAGCACAUAGGCGGCCCGGCGAGGAGGCAGCAGGGAUGCGGGGACGGCACCCAAUAAAGCGUGUGUUUGGGACAGUC